ACCAUUGAGAAUUUAAAUGAAAUAUUAUACAAUGCAAAUCUUUAUGAUGACGAAAACUUGGAAGAAGAAUUUAUUAAUGAAGAAGAACAAAAUAUUUUUCCAAUUCCAGAGGAAGAAAUCCUUAAUAUUGAAGAAUUAUUAAAUCUUCAUGCUGAUGAUUUUUAUAAAAGAUUUACAAGAUAUAAUU